CUACUACGUAAUAAGUAGUACCUACUACCUAAUAAAGUACCUGUAGCUUACUAUAGUACUAUACGUAUUACCCUACGGUGCCUACAAGUUACCUGAUGGGCUUCCCGCUUCGAAAUAGUACACUGCAAUGGCCCGAAGGAAUAUUGUGGACCAUUGCUCAUCUCAUGUACUUGUUCCAUCACAGCUGACCCGCAGCAACUUCAUACUGUUCUUGUACAUUGCGCCCAAACAAGGUCGGAAGUUCACCAUAAUGGCCGAUCAUACUGAUCAUCCCGACUCACACAUGCUCGCGAUGGACCCAAUUGCUCCAUAUCGCAUACGUGCAAGAUCUUGCCUUGAGAAGGGUGAUGGCGAAGCUCACCGGCCAUCUACCCAGCCGCGAAGAGCCCCCUCAUGGCGGACAGUUAUUAUGAGCAUGAUCUUCAUCAUUUUCACAGCGAGCUUCUUCCACACCCCAGGCAGAGAGCGCGUCUACCGAACGCUCGAGCAAUAUCGUGGCCUGUCGUCUUUCGAACAAAGAGCCCGCCGCGUGCUGGCUCGAACGCCUCUAAUCGACGGACAUGUCGAUAUGGCUAUGCUCAUCAGAGGCGUCUAUGAGAACAAAAUCGAUAACGAGGAGUGGAAAAUGGCCUUCGAGAAUGGCAACCUUGCCGGCCAUGCCGACAUCAAACGCUUGAGAGACGGCAUGUCGGGGGGCGCGUUCUGGAGUGUUUGGGCCCCUUGCCCACGGAAUGGCUCCGACUUCUCUGACGGGAACCUUCAAAAAAGCCUUCAAUUUACACUGGACCAGAUUGACCUCAUGCACCGCAUACACACCAUGUAUCCGGAUGACUUCUCCCAUGCUCAGGGGCUACAUGCUACCGAUGCUUUGCGUGUCUGGGCUGAAGGCAAGCUGAUCUCGCCCUUGGGCAUUGAGGGACUGCAUCAAAUCGCCAACAAAGCCUCCAAUCUGCGCCGAUUUUACGAUCUCGGCGUACGUUAUGCGACACUGACCCACAACUGCCACAACAAGUUCGCCGAUGCUGCGCAAGAGGAGUAUCCAAUGCGCAAAGCAACCCCUGUCUUCAACGGAGUCAGUGAGGAUGGAAGAAGGUUGAUUAAUGAAAUGAACCGUAUCGGUAUGAUCGUUGAUAUUGCACAUGUCAGCGAGGACACAAUGGUUGAUGUACUUGGUGGCAAUGAUGAGUGGUCUGGUUCCAGAGCGCCCGUUAUCUACUCACAUAGUUCGGCGUACGCCAUCUGCCCUCAUCCUCGCAAUGUCAAAGAUUAUGUCUUGAACAUGGUCAAGGAGCGCAAUUCGGUAGUAUUGGUCAACAUCGCUGGCCAAUUUUUAGCCUGCAGAGAUGUAGGGGCCGAUGAUGGAAUACCUGAGCCUGUUCCGGAGGAGGCCACAUUGGGCCGAGUUGUCGAGCACAUCAUGUACAUUGGCGAGCUCAUCGGCUACGAUCAUGUCGGUGUUGGUACAGACUUGGACGGAAUUCCAGAUGCCCCCGAAGGAUUCAAAGACGUUACGGGUUAUCCAGCCCUUGUCGCAGAGCUUCUGAGGAGAGGCGUGAGUGACGAGGAUGCGGCCAAGAUUGUGGGGAAGAAUGUGCUGCGUGUCUGGGCCGAUGUAGAGGAAGUCGCUGCUGGGUUGCAGGCAAAAGGCGAGCCUGUUCUUGAGGAUGACGUUUACUACGACGGCCCUUACUGAUAGAAGACCAUCAA